UCUCACCUUCACUACCCUUAGUUUUGUCCUACUUCCGUGCCCUAUCUCCUCACCCUGCUGCCUAGGCAAUUCCUUAUCGCCGGCUGGGCUGUCGGCGCCUUGUGCGCUGAACUUCGCAGUUGGGCAAUUUCGCCUGUCCACGUGACGCAAAAUGGGAACGAAGGAGGACCUCCAGACGGACCCCCCGUGCCAUCCUCGGGCAUGCGCUAUUCAGGACUGCCUACAGAAGAACAACUACAAGGAAGAGAAGUGCCAAAAGCAGGUUGAUGCUCUCUAUGAAUGCUGUAAUGCCUUCUACCAGGAAAAGGGAGAGAACGCGAGCACGGUGAGCUGUCCGAAAUAUUCUCUUCUGAAAUUGAAGAUGAAGCAGAGGAGUCAGGCAUCAUGAUAGACACGGGAGGCCGUGAAUAAGGAAGGCACUCCCAAAGCAUGCCAGCAUGGAGAGCCGUCGAACUCGUCAUGUAUCCAUAGAAGCCUGUCCUGCAGGUGUGUAUAUAAAUCGCUGGUGUAAUUUAAGAAACAGAGUUUUCCC